CUAAUCCACCAUUGAUGCGUGGUUAAGAAUACUAAGCAGUCUGAAAAUUAAUGAAAUUGAGUGACUGUAUACUAAUUCCGGGAUGUAAUGAUAUCUCUGAUUGUGGGUUGCUGACAGUAAUGAUGGCCCUAAAAUAGUUGACUAUAGUUGUAACACCUGCUAUGUCCUAUCCCCAAUUUAUAGCCCUCCAACAACCAAACCAAGCAUCUCGCACUUAAAACAAAACAAGACACCAGGCAGCUAAACACAACAAUGUCCCAACCCAGAUUCAUUUCCAUGAUCUCCCUCUGUCUGACCCUUUUUCUGUUCCACACUUGCACUGGCCUACCAUUUGUGGACCUCAAUUUCCAUGAAGUGGAUGUUAUGACCAAAAGGGUUUGCACCAAGAGCAUUGGGGAGUGCUUGAGCUUGACAGAGCCGGAGAUGGAUUCGGAGACCAACAGAAGAGUUCUGGCAAUGCAGAAAAAGUACAUUAGCUAUGACACACUCAAGAGAGACAUGGUUCCCUGUGAUAGGGCUGGAGCUUCUUACUACAAUUGUCAUGCAAUACGAGCAAAUCCUUAUAAUAGAGGCUGUGAGGUAAUUACUGCUUGUGCAAGAGGUCAAGACAUCAAAACUUGAUGGAGGAAAGUCUUCUCCCUUCUCUUUUGCCCUUCCCUUUUCUCUUUAGCUUUCCUUCCUCUCUAGUUAAGAUCAUGCUUUUAAAUGUUUUCUAUUUUACUUUUAAACAUUUAUGUCCAGCGUAUCUAUGAAAGUAUCUAUUUUUCUUUCCGAGCAGAUGUCGCAUUUCCUUUGCAUUAUGAUGCCUAUUUGUUACAAAAUAAUAAAAUUGAUAGAAAUUUGCAGUUACUACUUCAA